UCUCCACCUUGAGCACUCUCGUGUCGUGUCUUUCGUGUUCUCCCUGGAUCUAUCUGUACCCUGCAGACUGGUGUCUCUAAAAUUGCAGUUCUGGCAGGCAUUAGCAACUCUUUUUUCUCACCCUAUGCGAUUCAUAUACUUCGGCCGCAGGGGAGCAUAGCCGACACAUGACAGACUAUAUGACAUGUUAUGCUAUGCCACCCCUUGCUGGCAUUCAACCAAGGGGGAUCUAGUACUUCGACCAACCUAUUGAGACUCAGCGUCCGUGCUAUACCCAACAGCGACGCGCUAUCCUAGCCUCACCAUUGAACAGCAUAGCCAAACAAGCAUGGCAUCACGACUUCUUACACCGAGACACCACUCUGUCUGUCCAGGACUCCCACCGCUAAUUAAAACCCCGAUUACCUCCAUCAAUACCUAUAGCACUCUUCCUCUCUCCAGCCCCAUCGAAGAAGAAACCCUCCCGUACUACAACCCCCAGCACUACUACCCGGUCAAACUAGGCGACAUCUACAACACCAGAUACCAAAUAACCACCAAACAAGGCUACGGCGCCUACUCCACGACUUGGCUCUCCCUAGACCUGCAGUUCCGUCCUUCCCUUCCCUUCAAAGUCAUAAUAUGGGAUCUCUUCGAGGGCGAGCAUCUGUUUGGGGAUAUUUUUGAUGCCAAGGGUGGGCAUGAUCCGUUUAGACAUCUCGCGCUCAUGGUUGCUUAUCUCGGAUCGCCGCCGGGGGAGUUUAUGGGGCGGAGUGAGACGACGGAACAGUGUUUUGGUCGCGAUGGUGUUUGGAUUGCGCACGAGGAGGCGGCUAUACCGGCUGUCUCUCUGGAGAGUAAGGAGAAGCGACUGUCUGGGGAGGAGAAGGACUCGUUUAUCCGGUUUAUAAGAUCGAUGCUGAGGUGGUUACCGGAGGAACGGAAGACAGCUAAGCAGUUACUCGAGGAUCCAUGGCUGCUCGCAUGA